ACAGUAGUCACCAACGAGGAAGUACUUUACUUCCUGGUAAUCAAAAUGGAAACAGUUGUACUAAAGUAGCUUUAUAUAUUGAUUUAAUAAACCUACAUUUCACAAUAAUUGUACUUACAACCCUUUUGAGGUUAGUUUAAUAACGGACUGCUAAUAUAACGUAAGGAAAUAAGUGCGUAUUUAGGGGAGAAUUUUGAUCCACAAAAACAACAAAUAUUCUCGCAGCUAACGUUAGCUUCAGUUAUAACCUAAGCUAACUAUAAAAACUUUAACUUCAACCUUAAAACUUUAAACAUAUCUUACCGGACAUUAUUCUGCGAUAAACACUCAUUAGUUUAGAUUCUUCAUUCAAAGACAUCAGCAGAAUGCAUCGCAGAGGAGUUGGUGCAGGAGCUAUUGCCAAAAAGAAGCUCGCAGAGGCCAGAUACAAAGAAAGAGGAACUGUUCUUGCAGAGGACCAAAUUGUCCAAAUGUCGAAGCAGUUGGAGACCUUCAAAUCCAACCUGGAGGAGUUUGCCAGCAAGCAUAAACAAGAAAUCCGAAAGAACCCACAGUUCAGGGUUCAGUUUCAGGAGAUGUGUGCCACCAUUGGAGUUGACCCACUUGCCUCCGGUAAAGGGUUUUGGUCUGAGAUGCUCGGCGUAGGUGACUUCUAUUAUGAGCUCGGUGUACAGAUUGUUGAAGUGUGCCUGGCCCUGAAACACAGAAAUGGAGGGCUUAUUACUUUGGAUGAACUCCAUCAGAGAGUACUGAAGGGAAGAGGUAAAUACGCGCAGGAAGUGAGCCAAGAUGACUUGAUGAGAGCCAUAAAGAAACUGAAGGUGAUGGGGAACGGCUUUGGGAUGAUUCCUGUUGGUGGUUCUUAUUUGGUCCAGUCGGUCCCAGCAGAGCUCAACAUGGACCACACUGUCGUCCUGCAGCUGUCCGAGAAAAAGGGCUACGUCACAGUGAGUGAGAUCAAGGAAAGUCUGAAAUGGGAGAAGGAACGGGCUUGUCACGUCUUGGAUCACUUGCUGAAAGAAGGCCUGGCCUGGUUGGACUCUCAGGCAGCUGGAGAAGCACAGUACUGGCUGCCCGCUCUCUUCUCUGAAAUCACCUCCCGUGAUGUCACGCCAGAGGAGGCCAAUCAGAUGACGCCUUGAGACAUGACGGCGUGCCAGCUGGUUGACAGCUUCAGAGACAUGUUGGUAAACAAGAUGUGCCUGGUGGGGAGGCUCAUUUGAUGGAGUUGGCUGGGUGAAGAUCUUUUUCUGGACACGAGGAGGGAAAACUUUCUCAAUAACUUCUGUGCAAUGAGGGCACUCACAUUAUUAGACACUACGCUGCAAAUGAACUUAAAUGUCGUGUUGCGGGUGUCACGGUUUAUGGGCAGUUACGGAUCAAUGUACAGAACGUGUAAUUGUUUCAUUUUUCUUGUAUAAAGAAUAACUUUCAACA